AUGGGUUCUGAAGAGCGUCCUGCGAAGAUGCGCAAGCUGGAACAUGCGGAUGGUGAUGUGGACGUGGCGGACGCAGCUGCCAUACCAACACCAAACGAACAACUACCCGUGGCUGCGGAGAAUAGCAAUCAAGCUGGUUCUACUGAGACUACCGGGACACCAGCUGAAGCUGAAGGCGCAGAGCCAAAGUUGUCAAAGAACCAGCUCAAAAAGCAAAGACGGCUCGAGCGUUGGGAAUCUGGACGCGAAGAUCGCAAAUUGAAGCGAAAAGAAAAAGUCAAAGAGAAGAAGGAGCGACGACGAGAAGAGUGGGCGAAGAUGCCUACAGAUGAGAAUGGCAAGAGACCGAGACCACCACCUUCACGUCCUCCCAGACAAGCAACUGGAAAACAAGUACCCAUCACAGUAAUCUUCGACUGCGAUUUCGAGGAGCUGAUGUUCGACAACGAGCUCAAGAGCUUAGGACUUCAAAUCACGAGGUGUUACAGCGAUAACCGAAAGGCAAACUUUAGAGCUCACCUAGCACUGAGCAGCUUUGGAGGCAAAAUGAAGGAGCGGUUCGAUGGAAUCUUGGCGAAACAGUACACGAGUUGGAAAGGCUUCCAGUUCUUCGAGGAAGAUUUUGUGGAAGUCUCUGAGAAGGCCAAGGAGUGGAUGUCAGGACCAGAGGGUGGAAAAGUUCUUGGUGCGUUGAAGACGUCAGCAGAAUCCAACAGUUUGAGUGAGCAGGAACAAGCAGAGGCUGCAGAGGAGGAAGGCGAAGUUGUCUAUCUUUCAUCCGAGUCCGACAAUGUUCUUACGCACCUGAAGCCCAACAGCACCUACAUAAUUGGUGGUUUAGUAGACAAAAACCGGCACAAGGGCAUCUGUCACAAGCGCGCUGUGGAGCGUGGGAUCAAGACAGCAAAAUUACCCAUUGGCGAAUACCUGGAGAUGAAGAGUCGGCAAGUCCUAGUCACGAACCAUGUGCUAGAGAUUAUGCUCAAGUGGAUGGAAUUUGGAGACUGGGGCAAGGCUUUCAUGGCAGUUAUGCCAGAAAGAAAGGGUGCUAAGCUCAAGGGUGAUGCAGAAGAUGGAGAUGAUGAGGCGGCGGCUGCAGAAGACGAAAAGAAUUUGGAUAGGGAUCUUGCGGCGGCAACAGAAGAAGCGGAUGCUGCGACUCCCGAGCGGACCACAGAGAAUGUCUAG